CCCCAGCACCCUGUCUCUCACCUACUCUCCCUUAAUUCAGCACAGCUUCCCCUAUUACCCUCACCUGCUUUCAUUAAGCCCAGCCUGGGAACUCCUCACACUACAAUAUGCUGCGGGCGUGAUCAGCAGUGCAGAUGACGUCUUAGAUGGAGUUUCCCGGCUCCCUGUUCCCCUCGUUCUACAGUGAGGGGCCCUGUGUUAGGGGGGCUCCCAGUGACCUCUCUGUGUUUGGAUUGGGGGGACAUGGCACAGUUGAACCCAAUAACAGCAGACAGGCUGGUUACAGCUUCAUUCCAUCGGACAGCAGAACUGCAGAGCGAUGGAAACCAACCAGCCCGACCCCACUGCUGCCUCCCAACCAUGGUUUUGGGAUUCCUCCGGUGUUUGUGUCAGACCUUGUACAAGAAACCAGGAAAGGGGUCACUACGAGAAAUACUCUUGUGAGGAAAAGCAAAGUACAACUGGAUUUCACUAAGCAGCUGGGAAAUUUCUCAUUGGAUCAUAGUGAAAUAGCCUUCCAGUGUAUUUGGCAACUGCUGGAACCUCACUGCUACCUGGGAGAUAAAGAGCUUUAUUUGCCCUUUUUCUUACUCUGUGGCGGUGCAGCCUGGGAUAUUCCACCUAAAGUUGAUGUAGAAGUCGCCAGACUGGCAAAAAAGACGACUAUUCCGGUUGAAGAUGGGGCCAGUUUUAGGGAUCCUAUGGAUCGUGAAGUUGAUGUUCCCCUUAAGAAGCUAUUUGAAUCCUCGGCAGCUGGAUUUAGCCCAGUGUUGGUUGUGGUGGUAGUUUUUCUGAGAACCCAGAAUAUUCCGAUCAUUCCCUAUCUGGACGAUUGGUUACUGAAGGCGUCUUCCAGCAGUCUGCUUCUCAGUCAUUUACAGAAGACAAUUUCUUGUCUGGAGACAUUGGGUUGGAAGAUCAAUUAUCAGAAGUCAGAUCUUUUUCCUUCUCAGAAGAAACAGUUCCUGGGGAUCCUGCUGGACUUGGAACAAUGCCGUACUUACCUUCCUCAGCUGAGAGUAGUCUCGGUCAGGCAAGCCAUGUCAGCCUUGGGAACAAUGACGGCAACGAUAGAAGCACAUGAGGCCUCUUCAGAGAGCAAUAUUGAGAGUUUGGGAUGGCACAGAGAGCUCUCUGGACAAUCCCAUGACGCUAUCGCCUCACGUGAUACAAUCAUUCAGUUGGUGGAAAGACAAGAACUUAUCCAGAGGUGUUCCAUGGUUCAUAGAGCAGUGGCUCAUUCUCACCACAAAUGCCAGCUGGUUAGGAUGGGGUGCAACCUUAAAGCAGAGUGUUUGGCAAGGCACGUGGACUCCUCAGGAGGCGUCUCUCUCUUCCAACCACCGGGAGCUCCUGACUGUUUGGAGGGUUCUCAAAAAAGGGCACAUCUGACCAGAGGUCGACCAGUGAAGGUCAGAACAGACAACACUAGUAGUGGCUCGUCUGAACAGACAGGGAGGAACUCACAGUCAAAACCUUCUAGAACCAACUCUCAGAAUUCUGGGCUGGGCAGAGAUACGUCUGCAGAUGCUUCAGGCGGUGUAUUUAAGUACUGCCUGGGGAGUGGUCAAUCAGUCUUUCUAAUGCUGAGUCGACGGUGGGGCUGUCAGACUACAGAUCUCAUGGCUACAAGAGAAAAUGCCAAAGUGAACAGGUUCUAUUCCCUGUCUCCUCAGGGGGGUCCUGCAGCAAUAGAUGCUAUGCUUCAGUGUUGGAGAGGCAGUCUGAGAUACAUAUUUCCACCACUUCCGAUGAUAACCAGAGUACUGAAGAAAAUCAGAUUGGACAAAGCCAGAGUCAUUGUAGUGAUUCCAGAUCACUCUAUUGAUCCACAUAUGGCUUCUGUUCCUCAAGUUCUACAGUUCCUUCUGGAGGGGUUUCAUAUGGGUCUGAAACCAGCUACACUUGGAGUUCAAGUGGCAGCCCUUGGAGCAAUAAAGGACAUGGCCUUGGAGGAGAAUCUUCUUGUUAAGCAAUUCAUCAAAGCAACAAGUGGGACCCUGUCUCCCUUGCAGAUGCUCUUCCCCACCCUGAGUGUCCCUCAGCCCUCACAAUGGCUGUCCCACCUGCCUCAAUUACAGCCCCUCCAUCAUGACUAUAUGGCACAGAGACUUGCCUCCCCAGGGGCAGGAUUGGCUGCCGCCCACAGGGCAUCAGACCUGGAUUCUAUUAUUGUCUUUAACCUGACAGACCCUGGAGAUCUUUUCUACCAGACCCUGGUGCACCAACCCCCUGACAGUCCAGAAGAUUCUGACCAGGGGGAGGGUCAAAGGCAUCCCACCCAUCAGUAUACUUCAGCACAUUCCCUGUCCAAUCACAAUGCAGAAUCUAUUUCUACCCCUGACGAAGGACAAACUCCAGCUGGUGGUGGCACCUUGGAAACUCUCCCAGAACAGUACUAUACAAUAUGUUCUCUGUCUUCUCACUUAGACCCCAACUCCCAAAACGGCUCUGCCCAUGUGGCUAAUGGCUCUGACCAAUCCACAAACCUUUAGACAGAAAACAGGGCAGGUGUUUCCCAUAUCUGUUCCAAGUCUCUCCGCUGCCUGCAGAGGUGGCUACGUGCCCUGCUCCAGGAUGGGACACCAAAGGGCCCCAGUCGCCCUAAAUUUAAAAUAAAAAAGGGUCUGGAGGUGGGUGAAUCUGUGCCGGACUCAAGUGAACUGCGCAGAAGUCUCCUAGACAGUAUGAAGCUUGGGAAUGUGGUGCAGCUAAAUACCCCACCAAUCUCAGGAGCUUUAGAGCCCGUGUGCAGCCAAACCUGGAAGGACCCACUAAGCCAGAGGCUGACAGCUGGAUGGAACGGGCAGUUGGGCUCCUGGUGGGAGGACUACCUUGGGCUGAACCGUCAGAGCAAAGUGCAGUCUCAGAGGGCAAAAUCUUGCAGCAGGUUGUCUGGGAGCUUCACCUCUUCCCUCAGUCUGGACUCCAGCACAUUCGAUAUGGACCAGAGUUCUGCCUGGUCUGUCUAUAGUGAACCUCUCUCUGAACCAGAACCUAUGUCCAGUCCCACAGGCAGCAAGUGAAUGAGGAGCCCUCCCCCAGAUCAGGAGUGGGCCGAUACACAGGACUCCAUGGCUUCUACGGGGACUCAGCAUAGACAAUUGGGGACAAGUUGGGCAGAAGAUGACAACUCUCAGACACCCCGUGACUCUGUUACACAAAGCCAAGCUCCCGGCUCUUCCCUCCUGUCUUCCCAGUCCCUGCACUACAGGGGGAUCCCACGUGAGAGGAGGAAGACCAUCCAAGAUUUCAUCUCUCUCCUGGAUAACCCCAGUGAACCCCAAACCCACCCUAGUAACCCUCCUGCCUCCUCCUUCCCAUCCCAGACCUUUUCCCUCUCGCAGCAGUCUCAGUCUCUCUCCCAGAGGUCUCAGCCCCGAUCCCAGCAGUCAAAAAAGAGACCCCGUAUGGGAUUCUGACCUCAUGAAUGGCUCUCCGUGGGUGCUGGGGUUUUAUGUCAUUAAGGAGGGAGCGGGGAGUCUAUCUUGGACCUUCUCCUGAUCUAAAAUUAUUUUUUUUAUUCUGUUGGAUAUAAUGAUCUUUGCAAUAAAAACCCUUUUAUGGCUGUGAAUGUGCCGCUUCCAUAAGGAAAUAGUUAAUUGAAUGGGUGGUCUGUGGGUAUCGCCAUGAGCUCCUGGAUCUGUCCCCGCACAAAUUGGAGGGGGGUGGUCUGUGGACAGAGUUAUUGGGAUCUCCUGGAUCCCUCUGGGAUCACCAAGAGGGAAAUCCAUCUUUAUUCUACUCAUUAAAGGCAUGGACUUGUGCAAUUACUGUACUACAUUUAUGUGGCAAUGUUUGUUUUGGGGUACUCCCCCCCCCCCCGGGUAGGUUGUCUAUGUGCAGAUAUGAGGGUUGAUGUGUAUGGAGGGGGAGCUGUAUUGCCUUGGGUGUGCCUUAAAAGUUGCAGAGGUUCAUGGGAGUUUUUCUGCUGCUGGGUUGAUGGGAGUGGGAUGCCAUGAGGUGCACUGACAUUGGGACUUCAUGGGUGUUGGGCGCCAAGUAAUGUGAAUGAGAAUAAGUUGGGUUUUUCACAGCAUUUCCCUGUUGGGACCCCGAGUCUUGAGCUGCUGUGAGGCCGAUGCCCAAGGGGACACUCAUGUACCUGCCCAGACUGGGGCUCAACUCUUCCCUAAAAUAUCCUCUCAGGCAGGACAGCAGCCAAUCAGAACUGUGAUCAUGUGAUCUGUUCAGCCAACAGAACAGGUUACAUUUGGGAAAACAAUUUAAUUUUUUUUAAAAUGUCCCAGAAUUGGGAAACUGAUUUUCACCGAUAGACUUCUGGGAAAUGGCGUCUUAUCAUUGAGAAAUUCUCAUACAGGAAGUGGGUGAAUUGGCAAAAACUCGAGAUAUUUAACCACAAUUUGUAUCAAAACUUUAAAGAGAAGUGAGAAUUUUCCGCUGCCAUGAAAGAACAGAAGAACCCUUGAUGUAGCUUCCAAGUGGUUGGGUGGAUAAAAUAAUCCAACAGUUCACGUCAUGUUCAAUGGAAUCAAUAGAAUAAUUAACAACAACAUUUGCAUCUCGAUCCCUUUGCAGUUAAUGAACAAAGAAGCAUCACUUACUGCAGCCAAUGAGCUUUAAGAAACAUUUCUUCCGCCAAAGAUCUUGUAAUGUUGGUAUUUGUUGGCAGGGCUGUAGAAUUGUUACAAAAAUCCUGUGAUUUCUGUAAUGUAAUACUAAUGGAUUCUCCAUGUUGGAUGAAAGAAGUUAAGUACACGCCACACAAGGCAAUUUAUCACUGGGAAAGAUCAAAAAAAUAAACCACAUCCGUAGGUAAUUCUAAACCAAAAUCAAAG